UUCUAUGUGACAGAGGGUAUUGGAGCACUGCAAAGAUCCUAUAACUCAGCAGAAAGUUAUGGAUGAGAUUUUAGGAGCAGUUAGCAUGUUAGCUCAAGAUCAGUAUGGCAACUACGUUGUUCAGAUGGAGUCCACAGUCAACUUGGGAAAAGAAUCAUAUAAGUACCAAUUUUUCUGGGAAAGAAAUUGUUGAACCUGUGAUGAGAAUGUAUACUGAGGCAACAAAUGGCUCUUAUAUAGAGACCAAAGAGAGUGCCUUGGUAUGGCACUACUAUAAUGUUUAUCCUGAUUCUGGAUCUUGGCAAGCCAAGGAGCUAUUGGAUCAUUUUGAAAAUUUGUUUGCAAAUGAACCCUUUUUUGUAAAGAAGGGAAAGCAUAUUAUUGAAGUUAAGUCACAGAGGACAUCCUGUCCCAAAUGACCAAGAAAGGGAAAUCGCCAGAUUUUGUACUGUGCAUAGGGGAUGAUAGAUCUGACAAGGAUAUGUUUGAGAGCUUACUAACCAAAGCUUACGGUGGAACCUCUUCUCCUGCACCAGAAAUCUUUUCAUGCACUGUUGGUCAGAAACCAAGUAAAGCUAAGUACUACUUAGAUGAUACUGAGGAUGUGAUGGGGUUGCUUCAAGCUCUUGGUACCAUUUCAGGGCCCAAAUCAUCAUUUCCUGAAGAAUUACUUGUAUACCUUACAGUUGUCCAUUUUAUUUAGGAAGAAUUAUGAAA